CUGGCUAGGAAAAUGCCUUCUAUCAAUGACACCCAAUUCCAUCCGCCCUUCUUUAUUCUUAUGGGCAUUCCAGGUCUGGAAACUAUACAUAUCUGGAUUGCUUUCCCAUUCUGUAUCGUGUACCUGAUUGCCCUGGUGGGGAACAUCACCAUCCUUUUUGUGAUCAAGACUGAGCACAGUCUUCACCAACCUAUGUUCUAUUUUCUGGCCAUGUUGUCUAUGAUUGACCUUGGUUUGUCAACGUGCACUAUCCCCAAAAUGCUGGGGAUCUUCUGGUUCCAUCUCCCUGGAAUUAGCUUUGGAGGAUGUCUUACUCAGAUGUUCUUUAUACAUAUGUUCACAGGCAUGGAGACUGUUCUCCUGGUGGUUAUGGCCUAUGACCGCUUUGUUGCCAUCUGCAACCCUCUCCAAUACACAAUGAUCCUCACCAAUAAAACCAUCACUAUUCUGAUUUCUGUUGUUGUUGGAAGGAAUUUAGUUCUUGUGACCCCAUUCGUGUUUCUCAUUUUGCGGCUGCCCUUCUGUGGGCAUCAUGUCAUCCCUCACACAUACUGUGAGCACAUGGGCCUGGCCAGAUUGGCCUGUGCUCCCAUCAAAAUCAAUAUCAUCUAUGGGCUUAUGGUGAUUUCUAAUAUUAUUGUGGAUGUAAUCCUGAUUGCCUCUUCCUACGUGCUCAUUCUUCGAGCAGUUUUUCGUCUUCCCACUCAAGAUGCCCGACUAAAGGCUCUUAAUACCUGUGGCUCCCACGUUUGUGUCAUGCUAUGCUUCUACACACCAGCAUUUUUUUCAUUUAUGACUCACCGCUUUGGCCACAACAUUCCCCCAUACAUCCACAUUCUUUUGGCUAAUCUAUAUGUCGUUGUCCCACCGGCCCUGAACCCAGUCAUCUAUGGAGUCAGGACCAAGCAAAUCCGGGAGCAAGUUUUGAAGAUAUUUGUACAGAAAGAAUAA